ACCUUUAAGUAGGGGCGGCGGCAGGCGGGAGGGGGGUCCUGCUGAGGCCGGCCAUGGCGGUGCUGCCCUGCCUCCUGCUGCUGCUGUGUGGCGCCGCGCUCGGACCCGCUGUGCACCUCGACUUCGCCGAGCACCGCAGCCAGGCGGCCAAGAUCAAAGUCAACCCCCGCGGCAACCUCUGGGCCACAGGUCACUUCAUGGGAAAGAAGAGUGUCUCGGGUUCUCCACACCUGGAGUCACCAGAAGAUUCUGCUGCACCGACAGUGUUUGGUCCCUCUUUUAGAGCCUUGCUGGAGAAUAUGAUGGAACUGCUUACCCGUGAGCUCCUGAAAAUCCUCUUGCAAGAAAGACUUUUGGAUGAGAACCAAGGGAAAUAUGACCUCACUGACCAGGAGACAGGGCUUUUAACAAAGGUGCUGGAGAAGUAUUUUUCAAACUGAAGAAGCACAGCCGCAGAGGAUGGGGUCUGCAGGCUCAUCUAUGUACAGCGAAUGAAGGAGAGCAACUUCCUUGUGGGUUACUGUAGCAACAUCACAUUUAUUUUUUUUCUGUAAUACUGUUAAUAGUGAUUGCCUGUAUGAAAGCAGAGCCUCCCUGUACAUUUCCUGUAUGUUUUCUGCUUUCUUAAUGUCUAAUGUGCACCUGUGAAUAAAACCAGCUCUUUGCACAGACCA